CUGUAAAAACCCUAAACCCUAAUACCUUCCAACAUUCUCCGUCUUCCCCGUACCAGGAAACCCUAGGAGCUCCACCACUAUCAGCAGCCAUGACUGAUGUAGAGCUCUCUCGUUCCGAGAAGAAGAAGAAGAAAAGCAAGUCAAAGGAAGAGACUGAAGCUUUACCAGAUAACGCCGGCCUGACUCAGGCUGACGGAGACUAUCUCAUCAAGCCGCAGAGCUUCACUCCCUCCAUCGACACCUCCCAGUGGCCAAUCCUUCUGAAGAACUACGACCGCCUCAAUGUACGGACGGGACACUACACUCCUCUCCCCUCCGGCUACUCCCCGCUUAAACGGCCGCUUGCUGAGUAUAUAAGGUACGGUGUUCUCAACCUCGAUAAGCCUUCGAAUCCAUCUUCCCAUGAAGUUGUGGCCUGGAUUAAGAGAAUCCUCCGGGUGGAGAAAACGGGUCAUAGCGGCACACUCGACCCGAAAGUCACCGGGAAUUUGAUUGUGUGUAUUGAUCGGGCCACCCGGCUCGUGAAAUCUCAACAGGGGGCUGGGAAAGAGUAUGUCUGUGUUGCUCGAUUGCAUUCUGAUGUUCCUGAUGUCGCGAAGGUGGCUCGGGCGCUUGAAACCCUGACCGGAGCAGUGUUUCAACGGCCGCCGCUUAUUUCGGCUGUUAAAAGGCAGCUUAGGAUUAGAACUAUUUAUGAGAGUAAGCUAUUGGAGUAUGACGCGGAUAGGCAUUUGGUUGUUUUCUGGAUUUCAUGUGAGGCAGGUACUUAUGUGAGAACUAUGUGUGUGCAUCUAGGGUUGCUGUUGGGUGUGGGAGGGCAUAUGCAGGAGCUGAGGAGGGUUCGGUCUGGGAUUUCGGGGGAGAAGGAUAAUAUGGUGACGAUGCAUGAUGUGAUGGAUGCACAAUGGGUGUAUGAUAACUAUAGGGAUGAGAGUUAUUUGAGGAGGGUGAUUAUGCCUCUUGAAGUGCUUCUUACUAGUUACAAGAGGUUGGUAGUGAAGGACUCUGCUGUGAAUGCUAUUUGUUACGGUGCAAAGCUGAUGAUUCCCGGGUUGUUGAGGUUCGAGAAUGAUAUUGAGGUUGGAGAGGAGGUCGUGCUGAUGACUACCAAGGGAGAGGCCAUUGCAUUGGGGAUUGCGGAGAUGACUACUGCCGUUAUGGCGACCUGUGAUCAUGGAGUGGUUGCCAAGAUUAAGAGGGUGGUGAUGGAUAGAGAUACAUAUCCUAGGAAAUGGGGAUUGGGACCAAGGGCGUCCAUGAAGAAGAAAUUGAUUGCUGACGGGAAGUUGGAUAAGCAUGGGAAACCAAACGAGAAAACCCCAGCUGAAUGGCUGAGGAACGUUGUUCUGCCCACCGGAGGGGACUCUAUGGUUGCUGGACUAGCUGCUGCUGCUGAUCCUGCUACGCCAGCAGCUGAAAUCACCGGGAGUGUUGCUGAGGUUGAGAAGAAAAAGAAGAAGCACAAGGAAGGUGAGGAGGAUGGCCAUAAGCGGAAAUUGGAUGAAAUUGAUGGAAGCCCUGCAUCACAUGCUGCUAAGAAACCCAAGGUCUUAGAAGGUGAAGGGAAAGAUGGAGAGGCAGCUGAGGAGGUGAUAGAAGUUAAGAGCGAGAAGAAAGAGAAGAAAAAGAAGAAAGACAAAGUAAAAGAUGAGGCGGCAUCAGAGGAAGUGGAGAAAUCAGAGAAAAAGAAAAAGAAGAAGAAAGACAAAGAUGUUGACAAUGGCGAGGCUGCUGCUGCUGCUGUUGGAAGCGAUGAAGAAGCAAAUAAAAGUGAGAAAAAGAAAGAGAAGAAGAAAAAGAAGAAUAAAGAUGCCAAAGAGGAAUUAUAAGCACAUUUAAAAUCUCCGCCCAGAUAAAUUCAAACCUUGUCUGGACCAAAAUUUCUGCAUUGUUAUGAGUCUUAUUUUAAUACAUGUAAGACAGCACUAGGUUUGAACCCUAAUCUUAAAAUUUGCCGGCUUAGUUUUAUAAUUAUCAUCUGUUUGUUUUAUUUCUUAUUGAUUUUGUACUUUCAGUUCUAAGCUCUGCUAGAGAUGUUUUCUGAUC